AACUCCAAAUAUGGGAUUGUGUUGGAUGACUUGCAAGCGGUCAUAUUUAUUUGAAGUAUACCAGCAGAAGUACCUUCAUCAAAGAACCAGUCUGCAUUGAAAUAAGGGACAUUGUUUCCUUUCAUUCUUUUCAUCUUCAUUUUUUUUUUCCACUUCCCUGUCUGCUGUUAGCAGAGGGGGGCAGCUGGGGAGGGUUAGAUGGAGACUGAAAUAUCCAGCUCCAGUACCUGUUAGAGCGCUGGAUGGUCGACUGAUCAGAUUAGAGGUGUCAGGGCUCGUUAAUCUGCGAGGCAGCGACAGACAGCCGCUUCAUUCAGCGACGGAGCAGAUUGGAGGCUGACGCACGUCGGGGAAUUUCCCCCCGUUUUCUACAAUGGAUCCCUUCAGGGCGCGAGCCUGGGCUCUCCUGCUUGUGUUGUGGCCGGGCGGCUGUUUGGCAUCGCAGUUUCCGGCACAGCUCAUGAUUAAAGAAUGGGUUGAUCAAAUGCAGAGAGAGCUUGUCACCCUGGCAGACACAGCCACAGCUGGGAAGAGCCUUACUCAGAUUUAUCGUAGAAACCAGCAUCUGUACAGUGUGGAGCAAAAUGAUGCGGAGGAACUCGUGGCCAGAGCAGCCAGAAACAUAGAACAGCUGCUGCGGAAGAGAUCUGCUGCCUUGGAGAAACUGGCCACAGCUGCUGAAGUAUUCCAGAUGGAGCAUGAAUGGAAAGAUGAGUUUGAGGAUGGGGAAAUUUCUUACUACAAUGCAAAGGACAAUCUGGAUGCAAAUGAUACAGAGGGGAGAAAAUAUCGGAUCCGACCAGACUUUAAAGAGGACCCGUCGUUCAAGCGCUUGACUGAUCUCAACCACACGGCUGUCCACAUUCCCACUGACAUCUAUGAUGGCUCUACCAUUGUGCUGAAUGAGCUGAACUGGACUGAGGCCCUGGAGGAUGUCUUUAAAAAGAAUAGAGAAGAUGAUCCAACCCUCCUCUGGCAGGUGUUUGGCAGUGCUACUGGCUUGGCUCGCUACUAUCCUGCCUCCCCAUGGAUGGACCCCCGUAAGACUCCCAGUAAAAUUGAUCUCUAUGAUGUCCGCAGGAGGCCAUGGUACAUUCAAGGAGCUGCGUCACCCAAAGACAUGCUGAUCCUUGUUGAUGCAAGUGGGAGUGUUUCUGGUUUAACCCUAAAGCUGAUCAGAACAUCCGUCAGCGAGAUGCUGGAGACUCUGUCAGAUGAUGACUACGUCAAUGUUGUUUAUUUUAACACCAGGGUGAAGAAAACGGCGUGCUUCGACCAUCUGGUUCAAGCCAACGUGAGAAAUAAAAAGCUGCUGAAAGAUGCUGUUCAGAACAUCACAGCCAAAGGAAUCACAAACUACACUAAAGGUUUCGAGUUUGCGUUUGAGCAGCUAUUUGCGACAAAUGUGACCAGAGCAAACUGCAACAAAAUCAUCAUGUUGUUCACUGAUGGAGGAGAAGAAAGAGCUCAGUCCAUACUGGAGAAAUACAACGCUGACAAAAAGGUCAGAAUCUUCACCUUCUCAGUAGGACAGCAUAACUACGAUAAAGGACCCAUUCAAUGGAUGGCUUGUUCAAAUAAAGGUUACUUCUAUGAAAUUCCCUCCAUCGGAGCCAUUAGAAUAAACACACAGGAAUACCUUGAUGUCCUGGGAAGACCAAUGGUUCUGGCUGACAAGCAGGCCAAACAAGUUCAGUGGACGAAUGUGUAUCUUGAUGCUCUGGAGCUGGGUCUGGUCAUCACUGGAACACUGCCUGUCUUCAACAGGACCAAAAUGUUUGAUGACAGAUACGGCGAGCAUCAGAAUCAGUUGAUUCUUGGCGUGAUGGGGAUUGAUGUGUCUCUUGAUGACAUCAAGAAGCUCACACCGCGCUUUACAAUUGGUCCAAAUGGAUACUACUUUGCCAUAGAUCCUAACGGAUAUGUCCUACUACACCCGAAUCUACAGCCAAAGAAAAGGAUUCGUAACAGGAAGCUCAGGCUCAAUAAAAAAUAUGCAGUGACGUUUCACGAGGAGCCCGUUACCCUGGACUUUCUGGAUGCUGAGCUGGAGAAUGACAUUAAAGUGGAGAUUAGGAGAAUGAUGAUUGAUGGUGAGACAGGAGAACGCACCAUUCAUACUUUGGUAAAGAGCCAGGAUGAGAGAUACAUAGAUAGAGGAAUCAGGACUUACACUUGGGGACCUGUCAAUGGAACAGAUUACAGCUUGGCUCUUGUGUUACCCAAAUACAGCGAACUAUUCAUUCAAGCUAAACUGGGGGAUGAUAUAAAAGAAGCCAUGUCUUCCUCCUGGGGGCGAGAAGCCAUGCAGACUUUACAGCCAGACAUGUUUGAUGAGUUUGGUUUCACCUACAUUGCUCCAAGAGGAUACUGCAAAGAGCUGAAGCUUUCGCUUAACAACACCCAGAUCCUCCAGUUUAUCCUCGACUUGAACGACAACAUCGAUAGCGAGUCUCCCGAUGCCUGCAACGUUUCCCUGGUGAAUCGACUGAUCUUGGAUGCAGGUCUGACGGCUGAACUGGUUAAACUUUGGAAAGAGCAGACGGUGGAUGGGAUUGUUGCCAGGUUUGUUGCCACAGACGGAGGAAUCACAAGAGUCUAUCCUAGAAGUGCUGGAGAAAAAUGGUCUGAGAAUCCAGAAACAUAUGAGUCCAGCUUCUACAAGAGGACAUUGGACAAUGAAAUAUAUAUAUUCACAGCUCCGUCUUUCAACGAUGCCAGGGAGUCUGUGUCUGAAUCUGGUAUCCUAGUGAGCAAAGCAGUGGAUCUCAUCAUGGAUGAAGUCACUCUCAAACCAGCAGUGGUGGGCGUCAAACUUAAUGUCUCCUUCUGGAUGAACAGUUUCAUUAAUGCUACACUCAAAUUAAAUUGCAAGGAUGAAAUUUGUGGCUGUCUCAGGAACGACAAGCAUGUAGACUGCGUGAUACUGGACGAUGGCGGAUUUCUUCUUAUGUCCAAUCAAGAGGAGUACAUUUUCUUGAUUGGGCAGUUCUUCGGUGAAGUGGAUCCGGUGCUGAUGAUCAGUCUGGUCAACACCUCUCUGUACUCCUUCAAUAAGACAUAUGAUUAUCAGUCUGUCUGUGACCCAGAGAAAGACAGCAAAGCAGCUGCAGGACCCCGUUCUAUCUAUGUGCCAACCAUUGCAGACUUGCUGAGUAUCAGCUGGUGGGCCUCCAGUGCUGCCUGGUCGAUUAUGCAGCAGCUCAUAUUUGGUCUCAUGUUUCCCAACCUUCUAGGGGCAGUGGAGUCACCAGAUGAAGAUAUACCAGAUGCCAUGUUUAAGGAAAGCUGCAUCACAGAACAGACACAAUACUUUUUUGACAAUGAAAAUAGGUCGUACUCAGGGGUUUUGGACUGUGGGAACUGUUCAAGGAUGUACCGAGCCGAGAAGCUUCCAAACACCAACCUUGUGUUUUUGAUUACUGAUGCCAAAACGACAUGUUUGUCAUGUGACCCCCGGCCGCUUCGACAGGCUGAGCAACCCUCUGAAGGACCAAAUCCAUGCGAGCUGGCUCAGAAUCCCAGAUACAGGAAAGGGCCAGAUGUGUGUUUUGACAACAAUGAAAAUGAUGAGCCCCUGUGCCCAACCAGCAGAGGCUCUGCACUCAGCCCCACACCUUUUUUGUUGUUUAUAUUUGUUGUCGCUUCAGGGAAGAUGAUUCUGAUUGUGGUGGUGGAACCUGCUUAAGGCCAAGCCUUUGGUUGGUGCUCGGACUCCAACUCCUGCUGCUGCUGUUGCUCACCAAAUCUCUACAACACUCAUGACCCCCACACACACUGAGACUCCCAUUCAUCACAUCUCAUCGGAGGCCUGACGACACUCCGCUAGCGCAAUACAGGAUGUAUGCAGAGUAUUUGCAGCACUGACCGCCUGUAUCAGCAUUUCCAUUUUCCUAUGCCAAAGGGUGCUCAUUCAUUUCUUCCUCAUGGUGUUCAAAUUCAGAGACACAUUUACUGUGCUCAGCUGCGCUCAUUUCCACACUGUCUACCUGUAUCUUUUCCGAUGGUGCAACAGUAAGAGCUAACCAAACCCUUUAAUUCUGCCUCACUUGUUUUCUCUGACUUUGAGAAGCUUUAUGAAGCCGUACAUUCACUCACAACAUUGAUUUGUGUAGCUGUCUGUAUUGUUUGUUGCUUAUAUUUAUUGCAUAUGAAAAUGUAUGCUGUAAUGGUUGUUUUUUUUGCAUCCAGUGAAACGUUUAGCAAAAAUAAUAUCACUUUGGUUUGAGUGCUUUUUUAAUGUUGAUUACCUAUAUAUCUGGUUCAUUUUCUCUUUGCUAAAAUCAACCCAGCAUUUUGUGACUAGCUUGGUGUUGUAUCGUAGCAGCAUGUGCUCAUUACAGAGCUUUAGACGACACCGACAUGUUCACACCAAAACUUCAAACUCAACCACAGACGACCACAGAGAAAUGGAGAGGUAUAGCAGAGAAUGUGCACGCUACUUUAUUUCAGCAGUUCCUCAACGGUGGACGCCACUAUGAGAACUGCAUGUUUUAAACUGUAGAUUUAGGAGGAUUUCUCAGUGAGGGAUAAAUGAGGUUAUCAAAAAAAAAAAAAAAACUGGUGGGUUCAGAUUUUUGUCAUGUUUGUGCUUGGAUGAACAGCUUUGGUUGUCUCCACUUUGAUGCAUCAAAAUACCCAGUGCCUACAUAGUAGCUUGAACAGUUUAAGUUUGUGAGUGAUUCAAGGCAUCCGAGUUGUAUGUUUUACCAUGAAUGCCUCUAUGCUAAUGCACGCAUUAUAGCAGGGUGGGCUGGCCUUGCAGUAAUAUCUCAUGAAGGGGGCCAAGUGUGCUGCUGUUCUUCUAAUUUAGGGACCCACACAGUGGUAGAAACAAGUUGUGACUUUGAUUAUAGGAGAGGAAUAUUAUUUUCCUCUCUGGAGAAAACAAACUAAAACCAGACUUCAGCUUGCAUUCCAACAGCUUUCUCUUUAUUAAUCCUGUCUCUGUUUCCUUACUGGACCAUCGGACUCAGGAGCCAAGAUGACUUGUGAAUGAGAUUAGCAUAUCAAAAUGACUGUUUCUUUGUUUUGUUCUCCUUGCUGUACUCCUCCUGAUGCUUGUUCCUUCUUUGUUUUGCUCUUAAAGUGCUGUGAAGCAGACGCUGAGGGCUCAGCGUUGAAAUGCUGCAAUGUCAUGGGAUGAGCUUGUUCUGUGUUUGAACUCUGUGUGUGCAUAGGCUCAGCAUCAGGGCCUACUGGAGAGAACCUUCAGAAAACACUGCUACCAGUGGUAACAUUUGCAUUGCCUUACUUAAGCUUAUAUGAAAAACAUUGUACAUCUUUUUUGUUUCCUCAUAUAUAUUCCCAGUUCUCUCCAUUUCGUCUUCAUGCUGACAUGCAGGUGUUAAGUGAUCAGGUUAUGCUGUCUUUCAGAAUCGUGUGCCGACUUGUAUUUUAUCCCAGGGAUCCAGUGUCUGUGCAGGCAUGUGCGUCUCCCUCUGAUUUCUGAUUGUGCUUUAAUACAUGAAAUACUCUUUUGUGGAGCUUCAUUGGCCUGAAUCAAUUUUGGAUACAUUUGUACCAUAAAACUAUUUACUGUAUAAAAGAGAAAAGCACAGAGAAAGAUGAGAAAAUGUUUAUAAUAUGUUGUUGAUUAUUGUGCUAAUAUAUAUUCACAAUAAAAGUGGUGUUAUUGUUAUGA